AGGGCCCCUUCCUCCUCCCCUCCACCCUUGCAGCGAGUCUCACCCCCCCCCCCCACUCUCUCCCAUCAGACUGGCAACCAGCUCGUGUACCGAUACCCGCGUGGCGACACGCUGGAGCGCCACCUGGCAGUGCACAACGCCGUGGCGGAGGACUCGGGCGAGUACCGCUGCAUCGCCAGCGUGGGCGCCGUCGAUUCGGAUCCCUACAUCGUGUUUGUCAACGUCGUCGAGAGGGACACGAGGUACGUGUCCCUGCGCGCUGACGACCCCGUCAUCGCCAAGAGCCGGAAUCCGCUGAUGUGGGUGCUCCGCAUCCGAGCGCACCCGAUGCCCGAAUUCAUCUGGAGGAAGCGAGACAAGGUGAUCCUGAACACGGCGGCCGGCGCGCUGCCCGAAACCAGCCGCUACGGCAUCGACGUGUCGUUGUUCGACCAGGGCGAGGUGCUGGCCAAGAUCAGCUCGCCCUCGCUCGCCGACGUCGGCAACUACACCCUCGAGGCCAGGGUCAACGGCUCCGACGUGUCCGACGCCAUCACGCUCACUUUCGUCAUGGAUGCUGAGCCGGAGAUCGCGUCGUUCCACGCGUUCCCCGCCCGGAGCAUGUGGCACACCAACGACCGCUUCAAGAUCAGCUGCGAGGCGCACGGCUUCCCGCGGCCGGCCGUGGCGCUGCAGUUCCAGGCCUGCUUCGACAAGGGCGCCUGCGUCGACGACAACUUCGCGCCCGUCCAAGGCGACCAGGGCCUGAACGAGCUGGACGUGGACGCGGCGGCGACGGCCCAGGAAGACCUCGACGCCGUCAGGGAAAGGAGGGACUGGGUGGGGCGCGCCUCGACCCCCGGCUUCUACAGAUGCGUGGCCGACAACGAGCACGGGGCGAGCAAAAGCACCCGUUUGCCCUUCUACGUAACCGAGGCGCCCGAGAACGAGACCCUGUCCGUGGAGGCGCGGGUGAACGGCGACCCGAAGAGCGACCAGGGGCUGGCCAUCCUCGAAGGCGACAACGUCACCCUUACCUGCUACGGCAACAAGAUGCUGACGAGCGAGAAGCUGCAUUGGCUGGUCAACGGGAAGCCGCUGGAGGAGGACGGCGCCUUCGCCAGGAAGCUGCCCAACGACACCUCCCAGUAUUCCUACAUCACGAAGGUCAUCAUCGAAAAGGCAACCCUUGACAGAAACAACACGGCCGUGGUGUGCGCUGAUCAGGAAAAUCCCGAAUUCUCUGUAACGAAAGAAAUUUACGUUAAAGCCAUGCGGGCGCCCACGUGGAAGGACAACCAGCCGAGGCUGCAGUCCUCCUACACCCAGCAAGAGGCGGACAAAUUGACGCUGCGGUGCCCGGCGGACGGCGCCCCCACUCCUGAGGUCUUGUGGUUCAAGGACGGUGAGCAGCUGAGCGAGGACACAUACCGGUACAUCCGCGACCAGAAGCUAGAAUUCCUUUUCCUGAAGGCGAGCAACACCGGCGAAUACAAAUGCGUG